AUGGGAGACUCAGUAAGGACCGUCCCUUCUGGUAACAGGCUGAGACGGCUCCCCGGGACCCUCACCCCAGAGCUGGCUGCAUCUCGGUGCUGGGAUAUCAAGGCCCGAGCCAGCGCCUUCCGGCAGCAACAGGGCUUCUCCACUGAGGCGGGGGCCAGGACAGAGAACAUCAAGAAGAAUCGGUACAAAGAUAUCCUGCCAUACGAUCAGACCCGGGUCGUGCUGAAUCUCCGCACCGAGGAAGGGCAGACGGACUACAUCAACGCCAGUUUCAUCGAGUACGUGGCCUGGCCUGACCGCGGGAUCCCCGAGAAUUACGGCCACUUCCUGGAGAUGAUCGAGCACGUGCGGCUGAGGCAGGGGGAGGACGCGGCCCCCGUCUGCGUGCACUGCAG